CACCUGCAGAUUGCUGCUAAAGCUGAAGGCAACCAGAUCAACUCAAACCUGAAGCCCAGAAAGCACUUAACAAGAAAGGAGGUGCUGAUGGAGCACAUAGAACAGUGAGCCAGCACCGGUGUCGGUCUGGAAGGCUUCCUGGAGGUGAGCUUUCAGCUGGAUUUUGAUAGAGGAGCCUCGGGAGCGCUCCUCAACUUCUGCCCCCUCCACCUCUCCGGGUCCCCAUUCCCCGGCCACGGCAGCACCCAACUGAGCUCUCCACGAGGUUCUGGCAACGUCACACCUCCUGAGGACAGCCAGGAGGACUUCAGCUUUUGCUGAGCUUUGCAUCUUGCCUCCUUCCUUCCAAAGGCUCCAGACCCAAGCUCUCCUGUCCUUGAGUCCCGCGGGUCCCUGGCCAGGCUCCCCAACACAUCUCCAGCCCAGCCCAGCCCUGGAGCUCACCUCCAGGACCUGGAACCUGCCCUCCUGCCCAGAAUGACUCACCAUUAUUUCUAGCUCGGGUGAGACGACGGGAUGGGGAGUUGCGCUGCCUAUUUGUAUAUCUAGGAUUCUCGCAGCAUCUGAUCGACUCUUGCGAAGAGAGCGCUUCAGAUUCCUGCCUCAUCAGCCAAGCGAGGCUGUCUCUCCAGCUCGCAGAGAGCCCCCCAGCUCCCCCACAAAUGCUGCAUUUCCUGGGGCCGUUAGCACCCUGAGCUCCCGGCACCCAGCAGCAGGAAGGUGUCACGUGAGGCUCUUCUCUCAGUCCCAAUUAUGACAGUGGCCACUGGAGACCCAGCGGAUGAGGCUGCUGCCCUCCCAGGGCACCCACAGGACAGCUAUGACCCAGAGGCAGACCACGAGUGCUGCGAGAGGGUGGUGAUCAACAUCUCGGGCCUGCGGUUCGAGACCCAGCUGAAGACGUUGGCCCAGUUUCCAGAGACCCUCUUAGGGGACCCAAAGAAACGGAUGAGGUACUUUGACCCACUCCGAAAUGAGUACUUUUUCGAUAGGAACCGCCCAAGCUUUGAUGCCAUUUUGUACUACUACCAAUCCGGGGGCCGGCUGAGGCGACCCGUGAAUGUGCCCUUAGAUAUAUUCUCUGAAGAGAUUCGGUUUUAUGAGCUGGGAGAAGAAGCAAUGGAGAUGUUUCGGGAAGACGAAGGCUACAUCAAGGAAGAAGAGCGUCCUCUGCCAGAGAAUGAGUUUCAGAGACAGGUGUGGCUUCUCUUUGAAUACCCAGAGAGCUCAGGUCCUGCCAGGAUUAUAGCCAUCGUGUCUGUCAUGGUGAUCUUGAUCUCGAUCGUCAGCUUUUGUCUUGAAACGUUGCCCAUAUUCCGGGAUGAGAAUGAAGACAUGCAUGGUGGCGGGGUGACCUUCCACACCUAUUCCAACAGCACCAUCGGGUACCAGCAGUCCACUUCCUUCACUGACCCUUUCUUCAUCGUAGAGACCCUCUGCAUCAUCUGGUUCUCCUUUGAGUUUUUGGUGAGGUUCUUUGCCUGUCCUAGCAAAGCCGGCUUCUUCACCAACAUCAUGAAUAUCAUUGACAUUGUGGCCAUCAUCCCCUACUUCAUCACCCUGGGGACAGAGCUGGCUGAGAAACCAGAAGAUGCCCAGCAGGGCCAGCAGGCCAUGUCGCUGGCCAUCCUCCGUGUCAUCCGGUUGGUAAGAGUCUUUAGGAUUUUCAAGUUGUCCAGACACUCCAAAGGUCUCCAGAUCCUAGGUCAGACCCUCAAAGCCAGCAUGAGAGAAUUAGGCCUCCUGAUAUUCUUCCUGUUCAUUGGGGUCAUCCUUUUCUCUAGUGCUGUCUAUUUUGCAGAGGCCGACGAGCGAGAUUCCCAGUUCCCCAGCAUCCCAGAUGCCUUCUGGUGGGCAGUUGUCUCCAUGACAACCGUAGGCUAUGGAGACAUGGUUCCCACUACCAUUGGGGGAAAGAUUGUGGGUUCCCUGUGUGCAAUUGCAGGUGUGCUGACCAUUGCCUUACCAGUUCCCGUCAUAGUGUCCAAUUUCAACUACUUCUACCACCGGGAGACAGAGGGAGAAGAACAGGCCCAGUACUUGCAAGUGACGAGCUGUCCAAAGAUCCCAUCUUCCCCUGACCUAAAGAAAAGUAGAAGUGCCUCAACUAUUAGUAAGUCUGAUUACAUGGAGAUCCAGGAAGGGGUAAACAAUAGUAAUGAGGACUUUAGAGAGGAAAACUUGAAAACAGCCAACUGCACCUUGGCUAACACAAACUAUGUAAAUAUUACCAAAAUGUUAACUGAUGUCUGAUUGAAACCUAUUAACAUACUCACAGCUCAAUGGAACUACUGCAGAUAUUGCAUAAUAACCUGCAUUGUAGUCAGUGUGUUCUACAGUGUGUAUCUGGUUCUGCAUGGAAAGCAAUAGUCGUGCAAGUGACUUUUUGAUCUUUUGACUUUUGAUUUAGAAAACAGAGUAUCUACCCAUGGCUUUCAUGAAAAUCUCCAUCACCAACUUAUGGGUUUCCCAAGAUUGGAGGCAUCUAUGGAGCCAGGAUUCAGAAAGGCACAUUCAGGCCACCUCAUGUCAAAGACACAAACCAACACAUCAAAGCCACUUUUCCUUCCUAAUUAAAUGCCCACAGCACCUGGGAGAUGCACCCUCCUCCCCAUCAUCACCCCAUGUUGAGCCCCCCUCACAGAGGAGAACCAUCGUGGUUUAGCUUUAAAGCUUGGUUAUUAUUCAAAAGGUCAUUCCCAUUUCUUGCAUUGAAAAGAACACACAGUCCUGUGAAUUGGAAUUACUUUCUGUGUCACAGGCUGGGGUUUGUGAAUUGCAGUUGCCAAGUAGAUGCUCCGGAGGCUUGUGUUUCAUAACGGAAAAAUGCUGCAUUCGGCUUUUUCUCUGCAGUGUCGAUGUGAGGGAAGCCCAGGGGAGGGACAUGUAGUGUGACCGAAUGUGAGUUGUCAAGUUUCACAUUUUCUCCCUUAGGCCUACCGGGAGAAGCUAACAAACCAAGGGACCUCUCAGCUUUAGAUUUUACCAUUUUUGCAGGCUUCAGGGUCACAAAUACAUGCCAACUUCUUCGUUACACUGGAGUUUGCAGGCAUCUGCUUCCCUAGCGCUGUGGCCUCAGCUACCCUGACACUGCAGUGAAAUUUACCAGUGAUGCAAUAGAGCUGCAUGGGUAUUCGUUGCAUGAAUCUCAAUAUUUAAAACACAAGAGAUAACCUAUUUUCUUAGUAGCCUACACAGUAUUCAUAUUUAGAGUAUUAAUAACCUUGAAAUGGCAUUGAACUAGGAUUUCCCAUCCCACCCCCACCCCACACCCCCAUCAGAAGGCAGAAGCCCUCAAUCAGGGUUAAAAAAACAGACUGACUCUUUGGGAUGGGGAAUCAAAACUUCUGGCCCUAUAGCCCACCCUAUUUCUGUUCUUCCAAAGGGGAGCACAGACCUCUGCAAAACCAGGAGAGUGAGCAGGAAAAGCAGUGUCUGAACACCUCACAUGACUAUACCUUAGAAAUUAACAUAGUCAUGAGCAAGAUUGUAUAGCUGACCAGGGCAUCUGAUCCUGAAGACAGUUGGAUCAGUAGAUCCAGUGUACAUAAAUAUAUAUUGAAUAUCUUUUUCACAUGUCCCUCCACCUAGCUAGCUUAGGAAUAAUUGCAUUGGAACAUUGUAUAAGCUUAUGCAAUAUUUUUGACACAGGGCAAUUUAUGCAUGUGUUUGACUAUGUGCACUAGAGUGUAUAUAUAUAUAUAUAUACACACACGUGUAUAUACAUAUACACACAUACAUGUGUGUAUAUGUAUAUAUGUAUAAAUACACACACACACACAUAUAUAUAUACACAUUCAUUCUCUGUAGUUCAGGUUCAGGAGCAAAUCCACUGCUUGGUGGGUUGGUUGUCUAAGAGAUCUAAAGGGUUAAUUUGUCUCAUUGGUAACCCCACUGGGCCUGGGUUUGCUGCCAUUGCCUCAGAGACUCCAGUCUUCAAGGAUUCUUGGACGUUAGAAUUGUCUUUCUGCCCUCCAUGUGCUGCAGCUUCAGUUUCCCGUGACUGAAGCUUGUCUUACUGAGUACACAAGGGCCCAAUGGCCCUCACAGCUCCAGCUGUCCUGGGCCACACCCACCCCGGGCCUCCUCUCUACAGUCCUUCAUGUUAAUUAUCUCCAUUCUCAUCUUACCCCCACCCCAUUUGGUUUGCAUUAUCAUUUGGCUCUGCCUUAGUUAUGUUCAUGAACCUUUCCCUAAAGAGCCAAAAUGGCUCCCCUUCUUUGAAACCAAGGACACAGGGAGUAGGAACCAGCUUCUACUGGUCUGGGCUUAAAUGGAGCCUCCUUUGUGUAGAAAGAUCUAAAGUUCAGGACCAAGGGCUAGAGUCCCUAGAUGAUCCAAAGGAUCAUUUUGAUUGCCAGACCCAAAAUCUCUCCCCACAAAACUGGCAACCAGAGCUGCUUAAAAAGAACCAAAGGAUGGGUAAAGGUUCAUCCCCACCUCCAGAACAGGUAAAGCGUGAAUGAGCACUGCACAACCCAUAGACAGAGAACAAGUGGGCCCUGGAAUGAAUUGGGAUGGGGGAACUUUUGCUUCACCAGACAGGGCUUCUUUGCCUUUCAAUAGAAUGGCUUAAAUUUCCCAAACUAGGUGAGUUGUGGUGGUCAGGCUAUUUGUCCAGUGGUGGCUCCAGUGGUAGCUGUUUAUAGCCUACAAUUGUCU